UUAAAUGACGGUCUCAAAAGGGACUAUUUGUGCACUUGGCCGGGAAAUUGGUCCUUUUCCGCAGAAAACUCUUGAAUCAUGGGCGACGCACCUAGUGUGAGCCGCAACCCAAAACUUGGGUCUGGUGGGCCCAACCGAAGGGCGCUGACGUCGAUACAACUGCACGCCGUAUUCCACCUGGCGUAGGUUAAUGAAUGAUUAUUAAAAAUGCUAUAUUACGCACCCCUCCUCAAGACCUAGACACAAAUUUUGGUAAUUUUGACUUUUUUGUCACUCGAGCGCCCUCCAUUGCAGAAUUCAAGUUUCAGGUUCUACUGUUUACCAUAUUUUGUGCUUAACAGAAGCUCAAUGUAGUUACAUUUCAAGAUUCCUUUCUGAAUUUUCAAUUUAGGGUUUUGUAUUUAAGGGUGUUUGUUUGGGUGGUUAAAUUAUUUGAAUAUUCUCUUUGAGUUAUGGUGUGAUGAAGUGUGUGGAUGUACCUGAAUGGCUUAAAGGGUUGCCUUUGGCACCUGAAUUUCGACCUACUGAAACUGAAUUUGCUGACCCGAUUGCGUAUAUAUCCAAAAUUGAGAAGGAAGCUAGUGCUUUUGGUAUAUGUAAGGUGAUUCCACCAUUGCCUAAACCUUCAAAGAAGUAUGUGGUUCAUAACUUGAACAAGUCUCUAUCCAAGUGCCCUGACUUGGGUUUGGAUGAUAAGGGAAAUGUUGAUAGGGCAGUUUUUACGACGCGCCAUCAGGAAUUGGGACAUAGUGAAAAGAAGAAGUUGAAAGGGGCAGUUGGCAGUGUGCCAUUGGGAGCUCAGAAGCAAGUGUGGCAAAGUGGAGAAGUUUAUGCGUUAGAGCAGUUUGAAACCAAGUCCAAGAAUUUUGCCAGGAGUCAAUUGGGCAUGGUUAAGGAUAUUUCUCCGUCGGUUGUGGAGGCAAUGUUUUGGAAAACGGCUUCUGAGGAGCCUAUCUACGUGGAGUAUGCAAAUGAUGUGCCCGGUUCUGCGUUUGGGGAGCCUGACGGACUCUUUAAUUAUUUUCGCAGGAGGAGAAGGGUGCGUAAGAGAAAAAUUCUUGAGAGAGGAAGUUGUGGUUAUAAGAAUGACAAAGUAGGUACUUCGAGUAGUAGCGUGGACAAAGGUCCGUAUCAUAGUGUAGGGACACCAUCCGCUUCUUUAUCAAAAAAAUCCACAAACUCAUCCCCAUCCCCUCUAAGGCCAAAAGGUUGUAGUAAUGCUGGUGAAAUGGAAGGUAGUGCUGGUUGGAAGCUUGCAAACAGUCCUUGGAAUUUGCAAGUAAUUGCACGGUCGCCUGGAUCACUGACUCGCUUCAUGCCAGAUGAUAUCCCUGGUGUUACUUCUCCUAUGGUCUAUAUAGGGAUGUUGUUUAGCUGGUUUGCUUGGCAUGUUGAGGAUCACGAGCUUCACAGUUUGAAUUUUCUUCAUAUGGGAUCCCCUAAGACUUGGUAUGCUGUGCCCGGAGAUUAUGCAUUUAGUUUCGAAGAAGUCAUCCGUUGUCAUGCUUAUGGAGAAAAUACUGAUCGAUUAGCUGCUCUUACGCUAUUGGGCGAGAAGACCACUCUUUUAUCACCUGAAGUUCUGGUAGCAUCAGGCAUCCCCUGCUGCAGGUUGGUACAGAAUCCUGGUGAAUUUGUUGUCACUUUUCCGAGGGCCUACCAUGUAGGUUUCAGCCAUGGCUUCAAUUGUGGCGAGGCUGCCAACUUCGGUACUCCACAGUGGCUUACAGUAGCCAAAGAAGCUGCUGUUCGUCGAGCUGCCAUGAACUAUCUGCCUAUGCUCUCUCAUCAGCAGUUGCUUUAUUUGUUGACAAUGUCUUUUGUUUCAAGUGUACCAAGAUCCCUGCUGCCUGGAGUUCGAAGCUCUCGUCUGAGAGAUCGUCAGAAGGAAGAAAGGGAGCUUCUGGUAAAGAAAGCCUUCGUCGAGGAUAUAGAAAAGGAGAACAACCUUGUAAAAGUUUUACUUCAGAAAAGCUUUUCUGACAACGCAGUGUUGUGGGAUGUAGAUAUGCUGCCAUCUUCAACUAGAGAAUCUGAACUGCACAAGCAUGUUAGUACGGAUGCUUCUAGAGGGAACGAUCAGGCUGAAAAUAACAAUAGUCAUGAUCUAUUAGACCAGAUGAGCUUGUACAUGGAAAAUUACAGUGACUUCUAUGUGGAUGAUGAUGUUUCAUGUGGAUUUGAAAUUGAUUCUGGGACAUUACCCUGUAUAGCUUGCGGGAUUCUUGGUUUUCCAUUUAUGGCUCUGGUGCAACCAUCGGAAAAGUCUGCAAAACACCUUUUUCCUGACGAGUUUCAGAAUAAACAAGAAUCUGGAGUGCUGAAACAUGUGGAGUCAGGUUUCCAUUCAGAUCUUAGGGGCAUGACUGGGGACUAUAAUAGAGUUGACAGAAUUGAAAGAAAUGGAGUGCAUUUCCUUAACCAUGAUGAAGUGUCUUUGUCUGCCCAGCCAAGCAAGUCUGCAGUUUCUCCGCAUGAGGGUCAAACAUCUCAGUCUCAUCAUCUGUCACAUACAAAUAAUGCAGCUCUGACUUCAAAAGUUGACCUUGAGAAGGAAUGUGAUGUUUCUAGAGGUUUUGUAAGACCACGGAUAUUUUGCCUUGAGCACGCAAUUCAGACCGAAGAACUGCUGCAUACUAAAGGUGGGGCAAAUGUUCUUGUGAUCUGCCAUUCAGAUUUCCAAAAAAUAAGAGGACAUGCUGCAAUUGUUGCAGAGGAAAUUGGCACAGCAAUCAAAUAUAAUGAGAUUCCGCUGGCUAAUGCAUCUCAAGGACAUCUUUCGGUGAUUGAUCUUGCAAUCGGGGAUACAGAACAAGACAAAUGUGCUGAAGAUUGGACUUUGAAAUUAAAUAUUAAUUUAAGGCACUGUGUGAAGGUGCAAAGGAAUUGUCCACUUAAGAAAUUAAAACAUGCAUUGAUUUUGGGUGGAUUAUUCUCUGAUACAACUCACAGUUCAGAUUCCUUGAGUCUCAAGUGGCAGUCCAGAAAAGUGCGCUCAAAGAGAAAGUCGAAUAAUUCAACAGAAAGUACAAAGGUUAAAAUAGAUAAGAUAGUUGAUUCAGGAUCUACGGUGGACAUGCAGAAUGCCAGAAAGGGGAAUAUAACAAUCCAGUAUUCCAGGAAAAAAUACAAGCCUAAGGCUUGUGGUUCUGCAGAGGUCACUAGGGUUUUUGUGGAUCCUUUUAAUGUUUCAAAAGAGGAAGUUUCACUUGCAGAUGCAAAAACAUUGGGAAGUACUCUCCUCAGGGAUGAAAAUGCAGGCACUGCUUCUUUAGCGGAAAGGUUUGUUGCUUCGUCUGAUGGGAAACCCCGAUUGCGACAUGAACAUGAGAUGCUUUUAGUAAACAGAGAUCAAAACGGUAAUCUCCUUGCACCACAAGAAGCAGAUUUACUUGUGACCACUUCUUUAAUGGUGGAAUUCGAUGAAGCCCAGACUGAAGUUUGUGCUACUGAGAGGUUCCCCUUGGAGGAUAAAACUUGUGAUACAAAUUCAAAUAGUUGCCAUACAGAGCAUAAGACCACGGCUGCAGAGACUAGUGGAGAAACUGAGAUAGCGCACGUGCCUACUCCAGCAUAUGAAUCCAUGUAUGUGGUUCAAAGCACUGCAUAUAAUGAAAAUUUGGAGGAGAACUGGGAUAUGACAGAAUCUGUCAUCAGAGAUAAGUCUGCUCAUCCGACGGAAGCAGAUUUUAAAAGAGAUCAUCAUAGUGGGGAUGAUAAAGCUAUUAUGACCAGAUCUCCUGUGCCUCUCAACUCCUCAGGAUCUUGCACUGAUGGUCCUUCAAGAAGUUGUGAUGAGCAGAUUGAGGAUCAAGUUUCAGAACAAUUUGGCUCAGGUAGCGAGGUAUCUGAUAGUGAAAUUCCGCACAAAUUUGUGGAGCAAGAAAUCCAAAUUGAUAACUCAGAUCAAGACAUAGCUGUCUCUGACCAUGUCACACCCAUAGAAGAAGCUUCCGCCUCAGCAGGAAGUCUCAAAAUGACGAGAGAGACAUCUAGUACUAAGCACUCACAGAGUGGUGAUGAGAUCUCUGAGCGGCAUAAGAAAGAGUCAAAUGAUGAUACUACUUCUGCAAUAGUAUCAAGGCCGACUGGGAGAAGUGGCAAAAGGAGGCGUGAGCUAGGCCUCCUAACCGAUGAUGGAUGUAGUGUUAGUGGCUUUGUUAAAAGUCCAUGUGAAGGUUUAAGGCCACGGGCUAGGAAAAAUUUACCUGGGGGCAGAGUAGAUACCGAGGAACCUCUUGAGAAGAAACCCAUGGGAAAUAAGGUGACGAGGCCUUUACCUUCCAUCACUCCCAAGGAUAAGAAAGAGCAGAGGAAUGGAACUCAGAAGUGUGACCUGGAAGGCUGCUGGAUGAGUUUCCAGACAAAGGUAGAGCUGCGACUGCACAAACAUAACCGCUGCCCCAUUAAAGGGUGUGGGAAGCAAUUUACCUCCCACAAAUAUGCUCUGGUUCAUCAACGCGUUCAUGAAAAUGAUAGGCCCCUCAAAUGUCCAUGGAAGGGCUGCACCAUGACAUUCAAGUGGGCCUGGGCAAGAACUGAACAUUUGCGCGUGCAUACUGGUGAGCGGCCAUAUAAGUGCAAGGUUGAGGGUUGUGGACUCACUUUUAGGUUUGUAUCAGAUUAUAGUCGGCAUAGACGGAAAACUGGUCAUUAUGUAGACGCGGCCAGUUGACAUUAUUGUUACUUUAAUCAAGUUGGUUAUCUAUUGUACCUAAUACUAGACUGCCAGAGUGCGAUUCUGGGGUUGAAAAGGCAAUCUUAAGAAUCAUGUAAACUAAUGGGCUCUUAUCAUUUUUAGCAUGGGGUAGGAGUACUGUUGUCAUUUUGUAGAGUGCCUGUGUUCAGGAUCAUCUUUCAAUUUAAAUUAAAAUUGCAUGUCAUUCUUUCAAA